GGCUGGGCAGGAUUCCGGACAACGCCUGGUUCCUCUCGGGUCCUUCCGGCGUCGCCGGAGUGAAUUGAUCCGGGAGUUGAAGAGGGCUCCAAAGGUGGGAAGUGAAGUCAGUGCCCCAGUUGCCGGUCAGUAUAUAUUUUGUGCCCUAUUUUAUCACAAAAAAGAGAAGAAACACUGUAGUGAAUGAAGAUUCCUCUGCAUUUUAGCACUGCUUUUUCUACUGUAGUUGGCUUUUGAAUGAGGAUGACAAUGGAAGAGAUGAAGAAUGAAGCUGAGACCACUUCCAUGGUUUCUAUGCCCCUUUAUGCAGUCAUGUAUCCUGUGUUUAAUGAGCUAGAACGAGUAAAUCUGUCAGCAGCUCAGACACUGAGAGCAGCUUUCAUUAAGGCUGAAAAAGAAAAUCCAGGACUCACACAAGACAUCAUUAUGAAAAUUUUAGAGAAAAAAAGUGUAGAAGUUAACUUCACAGAGUCCCUUCUUCGAAUGGCAGCUGAUGAUGUAGAAGAGUAUAUGAUUGAACGACCAGAGCCAGAAUUCCAGGACCUAAAUGAAAAGGCACGAGCACUUAAACAGAUUCUCAGUAAGAUCCCAGAUGAGAUCAAUGACAGAGUGAGGUUUCUGCAGACAAUCAAGGAUAUAGCUAGUGCAAUAAAAGAACUUCUUGACACGGUGAAUAAUGUCUUCAAGAAGUAUCAAUACCAGAACCGCAGGGCACUUGAACACCAAAAGAAAGAAUUUGUAAAGUACUCCAAAAGUUUCAGUGAUACUCUGAAAACCUAUUUUAAAGAUGGCAAGGCAAUAAAUGUGUUCAUCAGUGCCAAUCGACUAAUUCAUCAAACCAACUUGAUACUUCAGACCUUCAAAACUGUGGCCUGAAAGUUGUAUAUGUUAAGAGAUGUACUUCUCAGUGGCAGUAUUGGACUGCCUUUAUCUGUAAAUUUUAAAGUUUGACUGUAUAAAUUAUCAGUCCCUCCUGAAGGGAUCUAAUCCAGGAUGUUGAAUGGGAUUAUUGCCAUCUUACACCAUAUUUUUGUAAAAUGUAGCUUAAUCAUAAUCUCACACUGAAGAUUUUGCAUCACUUUUGCUAUUAUCAUUCUUUUAAGAAUUAUAAGCCAAAAGAAUUUACGCCUUAAUGUGUCAUUAUAUAACAUUCCUUAAAAGAAUUGUAAAUAUUGGUGUUUGUUUGACAUUUUAACUUGAAAGCGAUAUGCUGCAAGAUAAUGUAUUUAACAAUAUUUGGUGGCAAAUAUUCAAUAAAUAGUUUACAUCUGUUAAACAUUUCUUUACUUGAAAAAAUACAUAUAUAUAUAUAUAAAUAUAUAUAUAUGAAUAUAUAUAUAUGAUCAGAAGACCAAGAUGACUUGGUGUAAUGUCUAAAGAACUUCUAACGGGAGCUUACUAGCAGUUUAUCAGAUAAUAAAGCAACAAGAAUUCUA